UUUAUCUCAUUACGCUUAUUCUAGGUUGUAUUCAAUGUACAGAAAUUUGUUCUCCGCUUCUUUCUAUGCCAUUUGGCUGUAGCCAAUCUUUGCCAGUGGUUGAAGACAAUCGUUGAUGAAAUCGGUAGUGAACCAUCACAUGGAGGAGGAGGAGGCGGCGGCGGAGGAGGUGUAGGAGGAGAAGGUGGAGAGUCGAAUCGAUCAAGUCACGAAUUCGCCCUACCAAUUGAAUAUUUUUUAGAGUCUCAAGCUGAUCCCGAUACAAAUUUACACGAAUAUUCAAACAGUGCAAAUUCACCAAAUUUUAAUUUAUCUCAUUUAGCCAAUAUGGUACUGUCGGAUGGGAAGAAAACCACGCCUAGUGUAUCAAUGCAUAUGGAUCAUGGGAGUUCAACUAUCCAGACUGCAGGUGUAGCAGCUUGUGGAUCAACAGUGAAAAAACUCGCCCCCUUCUUAUUUCCCUGUGCUAUUGAAUACAGUCUUAUCGCUGGUGCUAUCUUCUAUAAAAUGUUCGAGAAAGUUGGACAUGUACGCAAAGAAUCAGAACGUUUGGAGAAGUUGCGUAAAGCCAAUUUGAAGACAAAACAAUUCUCUGAAUGUCAUCGUUCGCAUAAAGGAUUAUUUGUUGGCCUAUUGAUAUUUAUGGCCACAUUAGUUGCUAUGAGCUUGUUCUUUAUAUUCAUUGUUAAAAGUGAAACAAAGAAUACAGCGAUCACAUUGUAUCAAGGGACAGAGCUAGUACUACUCUCCGUUAGUACAAUCACAUGCAUAAUUAGUCUGUUUCGGUUAAGAGCGCUGAAGUUAAGUGACUUGUCUGAAGAAGUGGCAUUCGAUGACAAUUUACUAUUAAUUGGUUUAGUUGGAAUGCUGUUCUACGAUCUAUUUCUACUAGUCCCUGCUUUAGAAGCUAUACCGAAUGGUGUGAUUGCAGCAAAAUUGUAUACAGCUAAAUCUAUACUUGAAAUGGUACAGUCUAUGUUACAGGUAUUUUUCAUCCUUGAAGCAUCAAGACGUUGUGCUGGUACACUGGAACAUGUACAAAAUAAACCAGGACGUACAAUGAUUACAUUUUUAUUAGUUUUAAAUUUAGCUAUGUGGUUUGUGAACACCUUUGAAGUGAAACGUGCUGAUAAUCAUAGUAUACACAUUAAUUAUUAUUCGUCAAUGGCAUGGAGAAUUAUUACGCAUAUUGCUCUCCCACUGAUUGUAUUCUUUCGUUUUCAUUCAACUGUCUGCCUAUCAGAUAUCUGGGCGAAUGCUUAUCGUUUUAGAACAGACUAAUAUGCUGAAGAGAACUUUUGAGCUGGUUUCUGUCUUGUUUAAAUACAUAUACACAUACAUAUAUAUACGUGUAUAUGGUGCUUUCAUUAUUCAUCACUUUCUCAUUUCUCUUUCCCACCCCCCGCCCAUCUUCUCGUUGUCAAUACACCGCUUUCUCUAUCUUUUUGUCCAGUCUUUUUCUUGAGAUACACAGAGUGACAGAGGAAAGAAGGAUGCAUGAGAAGACUUCAGCUGGUUGAGUGUAGUGUAGUGUAGUGUGGAGAAGAGUACAGAGGUUGUUGGAUGGAUAGGGAACUGGUACUGGUAUCAUAAAAAAACCUUUAGUUGACAAUGCAAUUUUCUGAAUGUAUAUCAUUACAGUUAUUAUCAUUAUUACUACUCUUUUUCUAAAGUACGUUGUCUUUCCAUUAUCUUGUUUGUUUAUAAGAUUAUAUCCUCAGCUGUAUAAUUAAAACUUCAUUGAAUGAAUGAAGUUUAUUAUUGAUCUUCAAAACUUCUAACGUUUAAUUAUCACAGUAGUAGCAGUUAGUAGGAGUGGUACUGUGUACAGGAUAUAUCAUUACUUGAAUGUGUAUACGAA